AAUGGCCCGUAUAGGAGCGCGGUGGAUGUAUCUUUAUAUUCGAGCAUAGUUCGCUUCUCCUUAUACCUUUAAUAACAUAUAUAUGUACAAUAUAUGUACAUAUAUAUGUAUGUGUCUAGUAUACAUGGUAUUUAUAUAUAUAUAUAUAUAUAUAUAUAUAUAUAUAUAUUUCUCAAUCACUCACUCGGCGGUCCUCAUAAUACGCUGCCAUCUAAGAUCAAGUCGGUUUUUUCUCUUUGCAUAAGACUCGUAUUCGGUUCUUCGACGACAGUGAUAUUAAACCUUUCCAUCGAAGUGAUAGAACGCGUCGCGUUUACUUUCAUUGCAUUCUGAAUGCAAUGAAUAGAAUAAAGUCUCGUACGCGAGACGAUAUACCGAUCAUUUUCGACAAUUACAAAUUGAAAAAGUGGCUUUUUCGUGCUGGUCCUUGCCGGCAGGAGUUGCUUCGAAAGAUAUACCAAAUACGUAAUAUGGAUUCAAAGAAUAAGAAAGGUUAUCGAAAAGCAACUCACGACUACGACGAGGCUUUAACACUUCGGGGAGAAAGACGAAAGUUGAAAGACGAUCUGGAAAAGCUUAAUCUCUCAAAAAGCGGAUUACGACGAGCUCUGUUACAAUUGACCACCGAGUCGUACGUCGUUGUCGAUCGAUUGUCAAAGGAAAUAAUAAGCAGUAUCAAUGACAAGGACAGGGCACAGGAUUUUGCGAGGCGCAACGAAGAAUUUAUACCAUUUUUGCUCGACGAUGAAUACAAUCGAAAGGAUAAUAGGAAUAAGAAAGAUUUAAAUAAUUCCGAAGAUAUAAGAAAAAGUUCAAAAUGUUCUGACGAACGAUACGACGAGGAGUUGGACGCAGAUAGUACGUCGCAGAUAAUUUCAAUGUCGCGUUGCACAAAGCCUCGCGUUAAUCAAAUUAAGAUAGACGGGUUUAAAUUUAAAUAUAAAAUUAAAAGAAGAAAAGAAUCGGAUAAAUAUAAAGUAAAAAGGUCUAAACAUAAUAAAUGUGAUCAUGAAGAAAUAUCGAAGAGUAGAUCGAUCGAUAAAAAGGUAUCGACGCAAAAUACUAGAAACGGAAUAAUCCCCAAUAAUAACGAUACAGAUGUGAUAAAGGUGCCUAUUCAUAUAAAGGGACAAAGAUUAAGAAGGCCGAUUUUAUGUGAGUCUAAUGAUGAACUGCGCGAGAAAGAAUUUACCGAUGAUAAAGGUUGUUGUUUUUCUACACGUAAAACCAUAGAAGCGGACUCCAACGCUCCUUCAAAUGACAAAAUAAAUGAUACAUUAAAGGUACAUGGCAACGAAAUAGAUACGAACGAAUUGAAAACAGUUCGCCAGUGUGAACUGCGUGAAACCGUAAUUAUUGACAAAAUUCAAAAGAAUUGCAAUAUAUCUGAUAUUUUUAAUCGAACCUAUUAUUCAAGUGUAGACAUGAGAAAACGAAAAAAGAUUCGGGAUAAAUUUCACGAGAUCUUUGAUCAGUGCGUUACGUUAAGCGAGGAGGAGGAAGAAGAAUUUAUAAUAAAUGCUUGUAUACGUACGAGACAAAGAAAGAAGUACAAAAAAUUGUCGAAUGUUGAUAAAAAUAUCGAAUAUCCUGUAGUUUUAUUAGAUAAGGCAAAAAGACAACAAGAUAUAACAUCUGAUUUAAUAAUGGAUACGGCCUGUAGAAAGACUUGUGAGAUUUCAAGUAUAGAAUUGGUAGAAACUUUAUUAAAUAAUAGAAAUGUUAGAGAAUUUGAUGAAGAUCAUACUGUCUGUGAUAAAGAUGUAUUUACUAUGGAAAUCAAACUUUGCGGGAACGAUAGCGUCCAAAAAGAUAAUAUUAUAAAGUUUCCUUUGGUUCGCGAUAAUAAUGAGCAAAUUGAAAUGAAUCCUUCUAAUAAUGAAUUACCGAGUAAAACUUUUAAUGUCUCCGUAAUAGAUGACAUUGCUGAAGUAACUCAGCCGGAAGAAGCGCACAAUGAGAUCGUUGAAUCAACAGAAUCGAUUAAGGUAGAAACAAACGAAUCAUCUGAUUUUAGCGUUUACAAUCGAGACUUUAAUGAUACAAAUGUUAAAGUAUUAACUAAUGACGCUAUUAAAAUAAGAACAUUGUGCGAAAGGCCUAAUAAUAGUAGUAGUAGCAGUGGUAGCAAUAAUAAUAAUAAUGAUAAUAAUGGUAAUAAUGAUAAUAAUGAUAAUGAUGAUAAUGAUAAUAAUGAUGAUAAUAAUAAUAAUAAUAAUGAUGAUGAUAAUAAUGAUGAUAAUAAUAAUAAUAAUAAUAAUAAUAAUAAUAAUAAUAAUAAUAAUAAUAAUAAUAAUAAUAAUAAUAAUGGCGACGACGACGACAAAAUCACCUGCCAUGUAUCAAGAAAUAAUUAUAGCAAAGAAGUGCAAUUAGAUAGAGAUUCUGAGGACGCCAGUAUUAAAAGUACAAUUACAAGUGCAGCUGUUAAUUCGGAUGCCCCUGUAGAGAAAAUAUUAGAAAAGUCUAGAGACAGAGGAAAUCUGUCAAAGACUUCAAAAGCUGACACAUCCUUUGAAACGCCAAAGAAAAUAGACGAUGCAAUAAUAGCGAAUAUUAAUUUUACAGAAUUCUCCGGAAGAAAUAUUAAUGAUAACAAUGCGGAUAUAGAAGUUGAGGUAAAACCCACGUAUACCGAAACUUGUGAAAAUAUCCAAAGUAAUCCUAAGGUAUAUGAUAAGGAAAACAUGAUAAAUGAUGAUAGUUUAAAAUCGUCUAAACAAGAUAUUAACGAAGAUUUAGGACAACUUUUACGAAUGAAUAUAGAUAAAAAUUACAGAAUAGAAUCGAUUGGUAAUACCAUUAGCAUUCAGGAAAAUGUUGAAUCACAUACAAAUCAGGAUAUAAUAGUAAAGGACAUUUGCAAAAAUCAAUUGAGGUCUAAUAAUGAUUCAACAAACAACAAUGGUGAAAUAGAGGUAGUAUUAGAGGAAUCAACAUGUGGUAUUAUCGAAGAAAAUAACGAUACGUCUGUUAUAAAAACGAUACGUCUGGACAAUGAAAAAAUUAAUGACUCUUCGUUCAAUACAAUCGAUUUCAAACAGGAUAGUAAGCUCGACGAUUGUCCUUAUAAUUUUAUACAAUCAAAAGGAAUAAAAGGAAACAAAAUAAGGGUUCUUUCUAGCGCAGAAUUAGGCUCUAGAUGGUGUCCUACUCCCGUGGACACGUCCCUAACUGAACCUAUUAACGCAUUGGUUAAUGAAACAACAGUCCCUACUAAUGUUAAUGAUACGCCAUCUGAGCGUAUCACGGAUCGUAAACGAUCGACCAAGGAUGCAAUAGUACUCGACAACAAGUACCCGUCUCUAUCCUAUACAGAAUAUUAUUUAAUAUCCAUUCAUAGACGUAUAAUGCGUAUACGUGCGUUAGAAAAGAAAUUCUCGUCGAAUGAUGGUCGAAAUGUGUCCGCCAAAGUUAAAGAAUUAAUAAAUAAUGAUAUGCGGUUUAAUUCAAACUUUAUAGUGCUUCUCGAGGAAUUACUUAAUUUGGGUAAGGAAUUGAAAAUAAGGGAUUUAAAGAAAGUUAUACGAUACGCAGCAUCCGUUAUCAACAAAUCUUUCCUAACGCCCGAAUAUAAACCUAUAUCUUUGCAAGAAAUAGCGAAUUAUAUGACAUUAUUCGAUAAAUCAAUCUCUGAAACAUUUACAUUUACUUCUAAUGCUUCAUCUACUAAAUCCAGUUCUAGUAAUGCAUCUACAUUUACUUUUGACAAUGGCUUUACGUCUACUUCCAAUGACUUAUCCGCAACUAUUGCACCAGUAAUUUCCAAACAAUUAUCAAACAAUGCCAAUAACGUGGCACAGGUAGUUUUAACGAACGUUCAAAAUUUACAUGCCCCGGCGGCGGCAGAGGUUCAAGUAAUUUACAAUGAUUUACCAAAGAAAAAUGUAUACACCUCUAUUGGACCGAAUCAAAAGCAGGAAUGUAUCGUUCCGAAUUUACAAACAUUGAAAAAGUCUAAUACAUCGAUUUUAUACGCAUCUCCUCCUCCUCCUCCUCCUCCUCCGAUGGCGGCGGCGGCGGCGGCGGUCCAAUCGAUGCAUAGAAACGUGCAAUUGUUGAAAGAAAAUCGACAAUUGUAUAAGACGUCCAUGCCGUGUUACGGUAAACAAUCGAUCCAGCAACAAUUUAUACCAGGAAUUACGUUUUAUAAUCCUGCCAAUUCAAAUUCCAUGCAAUCACAGAAUAACAAAUAUAUUACUCGGGGAUUAAAUUUAAAUGAAAAUGUACAAUGUUUUAUAGGGAACAAUGCGAAAUACGCAUCUCAAAUGGCAGGUCAAACAAAUACUACCGUAUCGCAUAGAAUCGAUAACCCAAGGGACAUGUCCAAGUUGUCAUAUGCCCGACAGGCGCCGCAACAAAUCGACAUGUCUUAUAAUGUACCGCAAAGAUUUCCUAUUCAAAUGGCACAGGAUAUUAAAAGCUCACAAAUCUCAUGCUCUAUGACAUUGUCUGCCCAACUCCCAAUGGUACAUUUUAAUAAUUCAGAAAAUUUACUACAAAGAAUAAAUAAAAUUCCAUGCGAAUUGUUAGUUCAAAUAUGGGAUCAAGUAACCUAUUGCCUCGAAGAAAGUUUCUUUGAUUGUAGACCACACGAGAUAUACGAUAAGGGCACUUGUGUUUUAAAACUAUUUCACGUAGGAUGGAAAGAGAAAAUAUAUAAAUUUAUUCGCUACAAAUCCCGGCAAAGUAGCGUCGAAUCAAUAAGUAAUCUAAAAAGUAAACUAGCUAAAUAUAUAUAUAAAACGGCAACAAUGGAAGUUCAAAAGAGCAUAUGGCAGGUAUAUCUUCAAAAACAGAAAUCUCAACAAUUAACAGAUACGAUGAAGAUAUUAAUUCAAGAUAUGAUAAGUAAAAGUCAUGUUAAUGUAGAAUCAAACUGUGGAUCGAAAACCGAAGCGAGCCGAUCUUCUAAAUCACAAAAGGAAGAACUGGACAAUACAGAACUCGGUAAACAAUCUGAUUUACUUUCGUUAAAAAAUCUAACGAAAGAUAUUAAUAAAAGUGACGCAAUAUCAAAUAUUUCGCAAAGUACAUUGCCCAUUGACAAUAACAACAAAUUCGAUAAUGAAUUAGUUUCAAUUAAUGAAAUGAAUCGUAACGAAGGAGACGCGGUAGAACCUUUUACAAGGUUAAAAAAUAUAUUAUCGGAAUCGGGUGGUACAUUGUCCAAUUUAAGAAAUAAGGAUAUUAAAGAGGGUAAUAUUACGGAUAACAGUGAUCCUCGGCUAUUCGAUUCGAGAGAAAGCCCGAUCUCGUCUGAGCCGCCGCAUAUAAUAGACGUACGAAGCAUAUCUCCAACUUCAUUUAAUACGAUUAAGGAAGUUUUGCCUUUUCCUAUUAAUGAUUUGCAAUUAUCUAAUAUUAACGACGAUACUAAAGAGAAUGGAAUUGAAAUAAAAAUUCAGAUUCCAGAAGAUGUAAUCUGUUUGAAUUGUUCUAAGAUAAGUACGGUUGUUUGCGAAAUUUGUUUACAAGCUCAUUAUUGUUCUAAAGAAUGUGCAGCAUCGCAUUGGAUAGAAAAACAUCAUAAGUAUUGUAAGCCCCAUUGUGUAACAGGGGCGCCAUCGAAAGAUAAACUUGUUUAGCCCCGAAUAGUUGAAACUUUGAUCGGUCUUCAUUAUAUCACCUCUUAAUAAUCAUCCAUAUAAUAUUAUUAUUAUUUUUCUAUCCCUUUCUGCAUACAUUUCUUUCUCCUUUUUUUCUUCCUUUUCCUUCGACUACUUGGUAAAUUAUCAUAUAUAUAUAUAUAUAUAUAUAUAUAUAUAUAUACACAUAUAUAAUUUUGUUAAGGACAAAAACAAUAUUUAUAAACUGUCGGUAAUCGACUUAAUCGACGUGCUACUUAUUUUCAAUUACUAUGUAUGUUACAUAGAUGCGGCUGUAUCGAAGAUUUCAAAAACGUACAAUGACUUUUUAUCUUUUAUUACCGUUUUAUCUUUGUUAAUAAAGAAUUAUAUUUUUUUUAACGUAAUCUCUACAAUUCUAAACUGAAGUUUAAACGAACUUUUAAUAGAUACAAUAACUUAUCAACUCUCUCUUGGUUAUUAUAUUAUUUUCUAGGUACUUGAUAUUAAAAUUAAAAAUAAAUCCUCAUAUGAGAAGAUCUUGUUAAUUUAUUCAAACUGUUCCUUCCAGAGAAUAGAACAAAGGAUUAAUUUAUUUAUAUAUACUAUCUUUUGAGGAACCUAUAAAUAGUACUAGUAGACGCUAACGAAUUUCUUAUUCUUCAUAGCCCGUUGGUAAGGCAUUUACAUGUGGAUUAUGAAAGAAUGAUCGUUGUCCAUCUCCCCAAGGAAAACGCUAAAUGAUAAGUAAAUGAUAAAAAAACAC